AUGACGAUACUUCAAUCAUUAUUGUCUGCUCUUCUCAGUUUUGCCACGCGAAAUACAAAAGGUGCUGGUAGUUCCUUACUUCUUACAACAUCUCUAGGGAUUUCUUGCUAUUUUGAGACAUACCGAUCUUCUAACACAUAUAUCUCGGGAGAAACAACAUCAGAAAUAUUCUCAUCAGACCCUCCUAUGGAACAAAACGUAGAACUCUUUGCCCAUUACAAGGAAAUGAACAGCAAUAUCGAAUUUAUAGCUGUGUUCAACCUUGACGAAAAUCCGAAUAUAUACCAGAUUCACUGUUUUAAGGAUGGAAAUAAUGCAAAAAAUUAUGAUCAAAAUCAACAGCUUUCAAGUUAUCAAUUUGACAAGUGUUUUAUUUGUGGCAUCGAUGAUAAGUCGUGCUCCAGCCAUGAUCUUCAAAAACAGCCUUCUAGUAGUGACUGCGAUGAUGAGCUAUGUUCGAGCUGUGAAUCUCAAAAAAAGUUUUCUAGUAGUGACCUCGAUGAUAAGCCAUGUUCAAGUCAUGAUCUUCAACAACAGCUUUCCAGUAGUGACCUCGAUGAUAAGCCAUGCUCAAGUCAUGAUCUUCAAAAACAGCUUUCCAGUAGUGACCUCGAUGAUAAGCCAUCUGCAAGCCGCGAUUUUCAAAAACAGCUUUCCAGCAGUGACCUCGAUGAUAAGCCAUGCUCGAGCUCUAAUCUUCAAAAGCCACAUCCCGGUCAUACUGAUGACGAGUCAUGUUGCAGCAAUUUUGUUAUUAAUCAGAUGCGCGAUCCACCAAAAAGAUCUAUCCCAACUAAAUUAAUUUACGGAUUGAGAGCAGAAUGUGUAGCUUCCAAAUCAAUGGAAAUAGCAGAUGAAAAUGCAAUUGUAAAAAGGAUCAAUUGGCUUAUUCAUCAAGAAGAGAUAUUGAUGAAAAAUAAAGAGAGUGAUUCGACGUUGGAAUCAAUGAACUUAAGACCAUCUAUGGGCUUCAAUCCAGGAGAUUAUGCGAAUGAAAGUUAUGACGAUGAUUUCCAAAAAGCCCUUCAGUUAUCUAUCCUUGAUGCUAUUGAUCGACAAAAACAAAAUGAUUUGUCUGAUUUUUCUGAUUGA